AAUUUAACAUAAGAACCCAAAAAAAUAUUUAGAUAGUUGCAUAUCAGAAAAUCAAAAGAUGACAUGCACACAAACUGCAUGUAUUUCUAUGGGUUGUGCACACACUACAAGUUAUAUUAACACAGCUCUUAUUAGAAUAAUUGCUCAGUAUUACUAAACUUAAAGGAGGUCCAUCAGUUGAGAAAAUCAGAAUUGGAUUGAAGAAGAUUGAAUCUGAUGAAAUUAUUAUAUUUAAAUAUGACUUUAUCAGUAUUUCAAGACUUAUAAACAAGAAUAUAAGUGUGCUGCAAUUACAGAGGUUAAAUAGGAAUAAAUUGUAUUUCAAUCUAUCCAUAUUGACUACAGACAUGACAGAGUUAAAAAAUUGAAAAAAUGGAUAAAAAAGAAAUUAAAAUCUUUCAUGCUUUUGAUAUUGAAAGGGACAAUGAUUCAGAAUUGAAUAGCAUGACAGAGGAAAAUGAACCUAUUCGUUUAGGAAAAGAGAUCCACAUAAAAAACUGGAAGGAAAAUCACUCAAAGUUAGAGAUGGCUAACGAUAAUUCUAAGAGAAAAUCAAAAAGAAAGAAUCAUCCAAGUCGAAGUAUUGUGAAAUAUCAUUGCUAUGAAUGUAGCACAGACUUUGACAAUGAACAACUACUCAAAGAACACAAUGUAACAUGUAGCUAUAGUGUCCCUCCAGAUUCAGUCAUGGAAAUUAAACAGGAACCUGAAAGUGACAAUGAAUCUAAACUUUAUUCCAUUGACAUGAUUGAUCAAAAUGAUAAAGUUGAUAAAUAUGGAAAAAAAUUCAAUUGCAUUGAUAAAAAUGAAAAAGUGGAUAAAUAUGGAAAAAAGUUCAAGUGUAGUUUGUGUGGUAAACGAUACCAACGUGAAAAUGGUUUAAAAGGACAUUUGAGAACUCAGCAUGGUCAGAAUUUGUUUACUUGUGGCAAAUGUCCCAAAUCUUUCAUCACAAAGGCUGAUUGUAUUGAGCAUGUACAGAUCCAUAGUGAAGAGAAACCUUAUGUAUGUGAUGUUUGUGGAAGAAGAUAUGUAUUGAGAGAAUCAUUGAUGAGACACACUAGAGUACACGAUACAAAGACAGCAUAUACUUGUCAUGUUUGUGGUAAAGCAUUUGCUGAAAAUAUCAGCUUAACAAGGCACAAGACUAUUCAUACAGGAGAGAAGCCCUAUGCCUGCACUGUAUGUGGAAUUGGUUUCCGUGAUCCCAGUACAAUGAGGAAACAUCUGAAACGUCAUAAUACUGAAAAAACGUUUGAAUGUGAAAUUUGUCAGAAGAAAUUUGCUAGCGAGUAUGACAAACGAAAACAUGUCAAAAUACAUAUUAAGAAUGAAGAUCGGCAGUUCAAAUGUGAAUAUUGUGGUAAAGGGUUUUAUUUAGUCGCAGCCUAUAAAAUACAUCUCAAAGUUCACACUGGCGAUAAAUCUAAUAUAUGUGAUAUAUGCCAUAAAGGGUUCGCAGACCCAAGGAACUUAGCGGCACAUAAACAGAUACAUACAGAAACCAAAGGUCUCCAUUGUGAUCAUUGUGGACAGACAUUCCGAUGGCAUUGUAAUCUAAAACGUCACAUGAAUGAGAUAUGUCUAGGAGGAAAACCACUCAAAUGCAAUACUUGUUUAGCAGAAUUUACCGACAAAGCAGCUCUUAUUGAUCAUUCAGAAACACACCGAAAGGAUAAACCUUAUAAAUGUGAAAUGUGUAAUAUUAGGUUUGCCUAUCGUAGAUCAUUGGUCUAUCAUGAACAAACUCAUAUCAAUUAUAAACCAUACAAGUGUCUUUUAUGUGAUCAUGUCUUUGCACACAAAAAAUCAGUAACAAGACACAUGAAGGUCCACAAUAAAGGGCAAGAGAAUAAAGUGAUUGUAGCACAAAGUAGUGAUGAAAAUAUAUCACACAUUAAAGACAUUACAAAGAAAGACAUUGAAAAAGACCUGAAUGAGUGUCGAAAGGAGAUAGAAGAAUACAUAAAUGAGUGUAAGAAGGAUGAAGAAUACACAAAUGAGUGUCAGAAGGAUGGAGGAUACCCAAAUGAGUGUCAGAAGGAUAAAGACUACAUGAAUGAGUGUCAGAAGGAUGAACAAGACACGAAUGAGUGUCAGAAGGACGAAGAAUACACAAAUGAGUGUCAGAAGGAUAAAGAAUACAUGAUUGAGUGUCAGAAGGAUGAAGAAGACACGAAUGAGUGUCAGAAUGGCGAAGAAUACAUGAAUGAGUGUCAGAAGGAUGAAGAAUACAUGAAUGAGUGUCAGAAUGGCGAAGAAUACAUGAGUGAGUGUCAGAAGGACCAAGAAUACAUGAAUGAGUGUCAGAAGGAUGAACAAGACCUGAAUGAGUGUCAGAAGGAUGAAGAACACAUGAAUGAGUGUCAGAAGGACGAAGAAUACAUGAAUGAGUGUCAGAAGGAUGAACAAGACGUGAAUGAGUGUCAGAAGGAUGAAGAAUACAUGAAUGAGUGCCAGAAUGACCAAGAAUACAUUAAAGAUAAAAAUAAUGGUUUUGAUGUUGAACAAACAAUGUACAUCCUGAAUAUUUAAUAGUAAGGGCAUCCAGAUAAGAAAGUGAUAGGGAAACUGUUUGAUCAAAGAAAUUACACACCCUAAUAUUGUUCAUGAAAGUAAGCACCACAACAGUCGGUAAUUAUCAGUAAGAGAUUUCUCUGAAUAUGUGCCCUCCGUAUAAACAUCCAACCAGAAUCAUGGACAUCAACCACGGAUAUCAUUGGAAUUGGAUCUCAGAUUACUGUCUUGCUAAGCAAUAGGAAAUAGGGACUAACUAAGAUAUAAAUUUUGGUCACAAUGAAUAUUGUACUAUGCAGUUUAUUGCAAUCACAAAAAUAUUCAAGCAUACAUACAUGAAAAGGAAACAUUCACCAUUAAAAAAUCCCUGAAUUGUUUUAUAAUUAUUUACUUUCAUUUGUGGUGACUUAUUUAUAGGUCCAUUGGGCUGGGUGCUCUAAUAUUUAUCAUAUAAUAUAUGUCUAUAAUCUGUACAUAUUUACACAU